GUCUGGCUUUGGUUUAACUGCACCUGCAACUGAGGGUCCUUCUGACCCAACUACGACUGCAGCUAAAAAACCAACUGGCCCAAAUGUAGCUAAAAGACCAAUGGAACUGCCUGUACCUUUGGCUGAACGCUAUUUGCAUCAGUGGCGAACGUUCGAUACCAUUGU